AGGAACGUGCUUGUUUCUUGGACAGUAUAGAUAUUAGGUAUAUACAUGAUUAUAGUUAUCAAGUCACAGAUUGUAAAUAAAAAUGAAAUCCUCACUAAUACUAUGUGUAUUAAUUGGCGCUUCGAUUGCCGCUGACACUUCGUUCUAUACAACUGCAGACGACAAUCUGGACAUGGAAAGCUUGAUAAAGGAUCCAGAACGAGCUGAAGCGUAUCUGGAUUGCUUCCUGGGAAAGAAGCCUUGCGAUGCGAUCGCAGCUAGCUACUUGCGAAUCAUACCAGAUUCGAUUCGAACAGGUUGCAAGAGAUGUAAUCCAUUACAAAAGCAUUUAGCCAAUACGUUCCUUAGCGGUCUUCGUGUGUUAAUGCCUGCUAAAUAUGAAGAAUUCGUUAAGAAGUUUGAUCCCAAGGGCAUAUACAUGGAGAAUUUCUUACAAAAAGUUAAAGGAUAUUAGUGAAUUAUAAUGAGUUAAUUUUUUUUAUUAUAUUUUGUGUUGUUAAAA